UACAGAACUGAAGAAAUAUUACAUAGAAAUAAUAUAUCAUGUUCUGAUAUUACACUGGCAACUUUAGUUGGAGAGAUACCGGACAUUACUUUACAUGCAAAAGAAGAACUGUUCAAUUCAUUUGGCAAAUUCAUCAUGGAAACAAACAGACUUUAGAUGUAAAUGACAUAAAAUGUAAAAAAGUAUCAAGUGAAAAUGCAACAAGAGAAAUUUUUGUACAUAGAUGAAAACGACUUCAACAGUCGUCAAAGCACAACGAGACCAUAGGCGACAACGACGCCAUAAUUAGAUUCAACAACAACAACAACAGUGUUCUUUAAAAUAGACAAUUACUUUUUUUCGGAGCAAGAAGUUCACAUUGUGAUAAUCAAGAAUGGAUCAUUCUUACAUAUAGCAAGGCAAUAGACUGAGUAAGAGAAGUGAGAGGAUGCCAAUCAUGUUCGGCUUAGACCACAUGUAUGUGAAGAGAUGUGAUACACUGUCAUUCACACCAGCACACACUCCACCACAAUCUCCAAAGACUCUGAGGAGAAAAAGAAGAAGCAGUCCGACUGGAAGUACACCUCAUCAGCCAUCAAAAAUAGGCCAGAAGCAGAAUAUCCUUUGGACAGAGGCUGAAAAAGAGUUCGUUAAACAGUAUGUUGAACACAACCCGCAGGGGAGAGAAACCCUCAGAGAAUAUUGGGAGACAUGUUCAAAGGCCAUGAAUAAACAAUUUACGUCUUUAACACGCAAUGGUAUAUCAUGCAAAGCACAAGCACGAAGGUUGCUUGUUACUCCACCAACACGUCAUCCUACGAGUAAUUCCUCCAUGGUUAGUUUGGAUGCCAUGGAUAUAGCAGAGGGAUUCCAGAUACUGUCUGCAGAUGUAAAGACACGGACCACUCGAGAUGUGGAGACACAGACUACCUUGUCUCUCCCAGUCAAAAGUGAAAGGGGUGAUGUUAAAGAUGAUGACUGGGUGUUUAUGGAACCAACAAAAGAACUGAAGCCUGAUUCCAGUAUUGGGGCACAGUGCCUUCAUCAAUCUGCAUUGAAGCGGUUACGGCGUUAUCCAUGUAUAUCAGAUGCAGAAAAGGCCAGCCUUAUCGAUGUUCUAACUCCUGACUGCCCUUCUAUGAACCAGCAUUGAGGGACAAAUGAGUGGUACUCAAAACCAAUGUAAAGAAUUGAUCAUAACAGGAAGUUUUGCACUGAUGGGGCUCUAACCAGUGGUCCUUAGAUUUUUAACAGGAAAGCUCUACUGUAAACAGUGGAUAGCGUGGGCAUUGGUACACCUCGACAAUUUGUAAGAGCUAUCAUGUCAUCAUCACUAGCAGAAGAAAUGAAGGCCUUCUGGAAACUAUCAGAGUAAUGUCCUCCUUGGCUGGGCUAGCACACACAGAUCAAAUGAAGGCCUUCUGGAAACUAUCAGAGUAAUGUUCUCCUUGGCUGGGCUAGCACACACAGAUGAAAAGUCUGUCAUCAACAGCUGCCCAGUGUGAUUCUCGCACGAAACUUUUGGUUGCACAUAGAGGGUGUGCUCGCACGCGUUGAGGAACCGGAGCGGGAGAUGGGUUCUGAACAGUCGCAUGAGACGCGCGCGUCCUUCACAAAGGACCACAAAGACGGAUACAGAUACUGGGCGGAUUUCGACAGCGAGCCGUUCGCCCGUGGCAGCUUCCGGUUGGCGUUCCGCGGCAACGUGCAUGGGGAGGGCCCACGUGACGGCAGCUUUUGCGUCACCAAGGUGUUCAUGAAGGGUACGGAAUACACGACUUACUUCGCGGACUGGAUCCCGGAUUUUAAAGCGAGCGUUAAGGCUGCGAGAUUUGCCGAGAUUUUCACACACAACGUGCUGCCGUCCCUUCAAAGUGUGAUUUCCACCGCGGAGAUAGAGUUCGUCAUCCCUCUAAUUGCCAAGAUGGAGUCACUUUCACAUUUCAAGGUGCUUGGAUUAUUCCCCAUAAACAAGGAUACCAGUUACAUAUACCCGAAGGAGUGUGUCGCUAUAGAGCCUUACCUUGAUGGAAAGUUCGAAAAGUUCAACUCAAAUUGCGGCUAUGAGGACAAGACGGCUGCCAUUUUGAAUACGUUCAGUCACUGGACGUGGCACAUCAGUGGCCACAGGUACCUGGUCUGCGAUCUGCAAGGAGUCAGGAACGGGGCAAAAUACAUCCUAACGGACCCCAGCAUUCACUCUCGAGACGGGCGGUUCGGAAUGACUGAUCUAGGCGUGGUGGGAAUGGAACAGUUUCUCAUCAGUCACAAAUGCAACACCCUCUGUGCGAGACUCGGCCUUGAUAACCCUUUAGAGGACGGGACAUCCGGCUCCCGGCGUGGGUCACACACCGUCUACAAUUUUCAGCUGGCGGACCGCGACAUCGUGCGGGCGAACGAGGGUCGCACUGCGCACUUUACGUUCUUGGAUCCGAUUGUGGAGUGACCAUGUUAAAUUUGAUAGUGAUUAUGUUUCACCAGGAAAGAGCUUUUUCGUUGUUUCUUGAUAGCAUGCCAUUAAGGAAGUCAACGUCAACGUGACAUUGCGAGAUUUGUUCACACAUACUCAAAUGCUUGAUGCAUACGAUUCUUCAUUUUACUUUUAACUCAAAUUCGUAAUCAUACUACUAUAAAUGCAGAUGCAUAAUACUUGCAAUUCUUCACAUUACUGUAAAUUCAGAGGCGUUAUGCUUAAAAUUCGUAAUAACACUACAAACACACAUGCGUAAUUCUUAAAAUUAUUCGUAAGACUAUUAACUUUACGGGCGUAUUUCUUAUGUCUAUCAACUGACAAUCAUAAUUUGUACAACCCUUCGUGUGACUAUAAACUCACACGUUAUACUUACAAAAUUUCAUAUAAAUACGAACUCACAGGGGUAUUACUUGCAUUUAUUAAUAUGCAUUUGAACUCACGCAACUUAUAUUAACAAAAGUUCAUAUUACUACAAACUCACUGUCAUGUAAUACUUAACUUGUUCAUAUUAAUAUAAACUCAACAGCGUA